AUGCAGUACAAGUCACUCGCCUUCCUGCUCCUCUCGGCCACAGCCAUAGCUUCCCCAGCUCCCCAAGCUUCAGGAACCGACGAGCUGGACGAUAUCCCCAACUCCGUUCUCGUAGCCCUCGAAACCGCCAUUCCAAGCUCCGUCUUGGCUGAGAUUGCGACAGACCCUUCAUAUGUGAACUCCGUCGUUUCGAACGCUAUCAUCUCUAGCAUUUAUCCCGACUGGUACUCCAAUGUCCCGGAAAGCGUCAAGCCUUAUAUCACCUCCGCUAUCAUCGAGGAAUCACCUACAGCUUACUCGUCUGCCGUCGCCGCUGCUACCUCCAGCAUCAGCGGUUCCGCUUCUGGCUCUAGCUCUGGCUCUAGCAGCCCGUCUGCAACUUCCAGCGGUGCUUCUAGCACUGGCUCUUCCACUGGCUCUUCCACUGGCUCUUCCACUGGCUCCAGCUCUGGUGUUACUACCUCUACUGCUACUACCACCGAGUCUUCUUCCACUGCUAGCAGCUCGGACUCUGCUUCCUCUUCUUCUGCUUCCGGCUCUGCUUCUGCCUCUCCCUCUGACGGCGGUGCUGCCCCCACUGGUGUUGCCAUGGGCUUCGUUGCCGGUGCUGGUGUCCUUGGACUUGCCCUCGCCCUCUAA